CGGAGGGGCCGUAUCCAUCCCCAAGAUGGCGGCGCCCGGAGAGUUAUAAUGACACUGACCCUCUUAGGGGCGUAGAUUCCAAGAUCCUGAUCUGUGAGGAUGAAGAGCCUGCGCUGUCUGAUCCGAGCUCGCCAGCUGUGUCCGAGGGAACGAUGGCUGCUGGGCACAGAACCUUUCAAAGCUCAGGCGUGCAGGUCUCUCCAUAGACGUCCCCCCGCUGGCCCUCCGCAGAUCUCCUCGCAAACAUCUAUAGCUCCAUACGAAGAUGUGUUCGACCGAGAACAGAGGAACAAGGAGUCUUUCGUCCAAGUGCUCGAACUGUUCUGUAACCGGGACGUGAGGCGCAGAGGUCACAUAGAGAUGAUCGAGGCAGCUCUUAGAUGGAUGCCGGAGUUUGGGGUGCAGAAAGAUCUGGAGGUUUACAACAAGCUGCUCGAUGUGUUCCCCAAGGAGGUGUUCAUUCCGCAGAAUUACAUCCAGCGGAUGUUUAACCAUUACCCGCGGCAGCAGGAGUGCGCUAUCAGAGUUCUGGAGCAGAUGGAAAACUACGGUAUCACCCCCAACAGCCAGACACGUUUCCUACUGCUGCAGAUAUUCGGCGACCGCAGCCAUCCUAUCCGAAAAUACCAAAGGUUAAUGUACUGGUUCCCCCGGUUUAAACACACCAACCCAUUCCCAGUAGUCCCCGCAACGUUAGCUGACCCGAUAGAACUGUCUAAGGUGUGUCUGAAGCGCAUAGCGGCGGACAGAGGUGCCCGUGUCACCGUGUAUCAGAUGCCCUCAGCAGAGAAGUGUGAGGAUGGCGCAGCGCUGGAUAACACGCACCUCGUCGGAAUCCAGUCUCCUGACCAGGUCUCCCUCCUGGCAGAACAUGACCCCGGUGUGCCUGUCAUGGUUGAGGGUCCCCAUCCCCUGUGGCUGAGGAAAACCUGCGUGUAUUAUUACGUGCUGCGUGCUGAACCUUCGAACAAAACCAAGGAGGAGGAGGUGGAUCCCGAGAGGAGCAUUUACUACCCCUUAAGUCUAGACCUGGACCUGGACCGAGAUCUUGGUGAUGACGACACUUUUGAUGUGGAUGAAGUGGAGGAAGGUUCUGUCUUUGCGAUGUGCAUGACAAAUUCCGGAGAUGAGAGGACACUGGGCAGGUGGAUACGAGGACUACAGGAGACCAACCCGAUCCUGGCCCAAGUUCCUGUUCUCUUCCGUCUAAACUCAGGACCCCAGGAGCUCGUGGACCCCGCAGCAAAAGAGAAUAAAAAGGAGCAAGAGGAAGAAGAGGAGGAGAGCGGGCCGUUGCGCCAGAGAAUGGAGCAGUAACUCGUACCUGUCCUAGAAGUGGCUGGACUCCUGC